AUGGCAAUAUCUUCAACCUCUACUCUUGUCUUCAAAGUACAAAGAUGUAAACCAGAAUUAGUUGUUCCAGCAAAACCUACACCUUAUGGAUAUAAACAACUUUCCGAUAUUGAUGACCAAGAAAGCUUAAGAUUUCAGCUUCCACUAAUACAUUUUUAUCAGCAUAAUCCAAUCAUGGAGGGGAGAGAUCCAGUAAAGGUGUUAAAACAAGCAAUUGCAGAGACAUUGGUAUUUUACUAUCCUUUUGCAGGUAGAUUGGGAGAAGGGCCUGGUAGAAAGUUGUUUGUAGAAUGUACUGGUGAAGGAAUCUUGUUCAUUGAAGCAGAUGCAGACGUAACUCUAAAACACUUCGAUGAUGCACUUCAUCCCCCAUUUCCAUGCAUGGAUGAGCUUCUUUAUGACGUACCAAACUCUAAUGAGAUUCUUAACUGUCCUUUAUUGCUCAUUCAGGUGACACGACUCAAGUGCGGUGGUUUUACUUUUGCUAUUCGUUUGAAUCAUACGACGAGUGAUGGCUUUGGUUUUGUCCAAUUCAUAACGGCUAUUGCAGAGAUGGCUCGUGGAGCUCCUACUCCGUCUGUACUUCCAGUGUGGCAAAGGUCUCUCUUAAACGCAAGUGAUCCUCCCAUGUUCACUUGCUUUCACCAUGAAUAUAACCCAGUUGGUGACAUCAAAGGCACCACCAUUUCCCUCAACGACAUGGUUCAUGUCUCCUUCUUCUUUGGCCCAUCUGAGAUAUCCACCAUUCGCAAAACCUUACCCACCCACCUUCGUCAUUGCUCCACCUUUGAGCUCCUCUCAGCCUUCGUAUGGCGCCUCCGUACCACAGCCCUUCAAUUUAGCCCAAAGAAGGAAGUUCGCUUUCUUUGCGUCGUAAACUUGCGCUUAGGAUUCAACUCUUUGCCAUCAGGGUAUUACGGUAAUGCGCUGGCUUUCCCUGCAGCACUCACCACCGCUGGCAAGCUUUGCCAAAAUCCAUUAGGUUAUGCUGUAGAAUUGAUUAAGAAGGUUAAGACACAGGUGACUGAAGAGUACGUGAAGUCUGUGGCAGAUCUUAUGAUAAUCAAAGGACGACCCCAUUUUACUGCAGUUGGGUCGUACGUUGUGUCGGAUUUGACGAAAAUUGGGUUGGAGGAGGUGGACUUUGGAUGGGGAAAUCCCAUUUAUGGAGGACCUGCAACAGGAGGGGCUGGAGUGAUCCCUGGUUUGAAAAGCUUUUUUAUAUCUUUCAAGAACAAAAAGGGAGAAAAGGGAAUUGUGGUGCCUCUUUGCUUGCCUGCUACAGCCAUGGAAAGAUUUGUGGUUGAACUUGAAGAUGUCUUAUUGAAGGCAAAACAACUGCUUUGUGAAACUCAAAACCAUAAUGGAACCACCAUUCCAUCUGCUCUUUAA